AAUGAGGCCGCGGCGGGGCGGGUGGGGGCGGGGCGGUGACGUCACGGGCGCCGCCGCCCAAUCAGGGGCCGGCGGCUGCCUAUAUAAGGCCGGCCGGGGGCAGGCCGAGAGGCGCCAUUUCGCGGGGACUGAAGGACGGAGCGGGUCGGGCCCGGUGCGCGCAGGGAGGAGGAGGAGGAGGAGGAAGCAGAGGGGGGGGCGGCCCCAAUCCGGAGCCAUCCUCCACCGGGCGGCCCAGCCCCCGCCUCCGCGCUCCCGGAGGGCUCCGCCGGACCCUCCCCGGCCUCCGUAGCGACCCCUGCCUGCGGCCUGCAGCGCGGGGAGCCCCCCCCGCCCCCCUUUUUUUCCCCCCCCCCUCCCCCUUCCCCUUUCCCGCCCCUCACGGAGCCAAGAUGGAGCCCGGCCGCUGACGCCUGCAGCCGCCAUCCGCCGCCAUCCGCCGCCAGCCUCGCUUCGCCCGGCCCCUCCGCUGCGCUUUUCGGAUCCCUCCGGCUCCCAGCGACACCUCCGGGGCUGUAUUGGCGGCAUCGCGCCGGGCGCGGGGCCGGUGGGCGGCCAUCAAGAGGCGCCCCCCCCCCCUUCCUUAUUCCUCCCUCCGCCGCCAUUUUCUCGGCGCCCGCCCGAUGUGAGGGCCGCUGGACGGGCCCGAGCCGCCGCCGCUCGGUGAUGCCCGGCCGGGGGCCGGCUCCUUGAGGUGGGGCGGGGGGAGGAGGCUCCUCCCCGGCGGGCAAAGUGGGGGGGGCGUCGGAGGAGACGGCGGCGGCAGGAGGAGGAGGAGGAGGAGGAGGUUGUGGAGGAGGAGGAAGGCCGGGAGCCGGGCACGCAGCCGCCGGGAUGCUGCAGAAUGUGAAUCCCCAGAGCAAGAUUUUGGGGGAGGGCAAUGCCGGCCUCAUGGGCUUGGCGACGGAAUCGACCCCCGGCAAGCGGAUCCGCAAACCCUCGCUCCUCUACGAGGGCUUCGAGAGCCCCACCAUGGCCUCGGUGCCGGCUUUGCAGUCCCCUCAGGUCAACCCCCCACCGCCGGAGGUUUCCAACCCCAAAAAACCCGGCCGGGUCACCAACCAGCUGCAAUACCUGCACAAGGUGGUGAUGAAAGCCCUGUGGAAGCACCAGUUUGCUUGGCCUUUCCGCCAGCCCGUCGACGCCGUCAAGCUGGGCCUGCCGGACUACCACAAGAUCAUCAAGCAGCCCAUGGACAUGGGGACAAUCAAACGGCGCCUGGAGAACAACUACUACUGGGGGGCUGCCGAGUGCAUGCAGGAUUUCAACACCAUGUUCACCAACUGCUACAUCUACAACAAGCCCACGGAUGACAUCGUGCUGAUGGCCCAAACCCUGGAGAAGAUUUUCCUGCAGAAGGUGGCUCAGAUGCCUCCUGAAGAGCAGGAGAUCGUGGUCCCGGUGGCUAAAAACAGCCACAAGAAGGGGGCGUCCAGGGCAGCGGCGCUCCUGGCGGGCCUGACGGCCGCUCAGCAAGUGCCGGCCGUCUCCUCGGUGUCGCACAGCACGGUGUACACCCCCAGCCCCGACAUCCCCACCACCAUCGUCAACAUUCCCCACCCCUCUGUCAUCUCCGCGCCGCUCCUCAAAUCGCUGCACUCCACCACCCCGGCCGUGCUGCCCACCCCCGCGCCCACCCAGCCUGUGGCCAAGAAGAAGGGGGUGAAGCGGAAAGCCGACACCACCACCCCCACCACCACGGCCAUCAUCGCCACCAGCGGCGAGUCCUCGCCCUCGGCCACGCUGCUGGAGGCCAAAGCGGCCAAAAUCCCCGCCCGGCGCGAGAGCGGCCGCCCCAUUAAACCCCCCAAGAAGGACUUGCCGGAUUCCCAGCAGCACCAGACGUCCAAGAAGGGCAAACUGUCGGAGCAGCUCAAGUACUGCAACGGCAUCCUCAAGGAGCUGCUCUCCAAAAAACACGCCGCCUACGCCUGGCCCUUCUACAAGCCCGUCGACGCCUCGGCCCUGGGGCUGCACGACUACCACGAGAUCAUCAAGCACCCCAUGGACCUCAGCACCAUCAAGCGGAAGAUGGAGAACCGGGACUACCACGACGCGCAGGAGUUCGCCGCUGACGUCCGGUUAAUGUUCUCCAACUGCUACAAGUACAACCCCCCUGACCACGACGUGGUGGCCAUGGCCCGCAAGCUGCAGGAUGUUUUCGAGUUCAGCUACGCCAAGAUGCCUGACGAGCCGCAGGACGCCAGCCCGCCCUCGGUGUCGGCGCCGCUGCCCGGUGCCCUCUCCAAAUCCUCAUCCGAGGAGUCCUCCAGCGACGAGGACGAGGAUGAUGAGGACGACGAAGACGACGACGAGGACGAAAGCAGCAGCGAGAGCUCGUCGGAGAGCGAGGAGAGCUCGGACUCGGAGGAGGAGCGCGCCAACCGCCUGGCCGAGCUGCAGGAGCAGCUGCGGGCCGUGCACGAGCAGCUGGCUGCCCUCUCACAGGGCCCCGUUUCCAAACCCAAAAAGAAGCGGGAGAAGAAGAAGAAGAAGAAAUCGGAGAAGCACAAAGGCCGGGGAGGCGACGAGGAAGCCCGGGCGCGUCAGGCCCAACUGCGCAAAGCCAAGAAGGCCGGGGGCGGCGGAGGGACCAGCGGGGGAGGCAGCGGAGGCAGCUCCAAGAACUCGAAGAAGGCGGCGAAAGCGGCGCUGCCGCCUCCCCCGGCGCUCUACGACUCGGAGGAGGAGGAGGAGAGCAAGCCCAUGACCUACGACGAGAAACGCCAGCUCAGUUUGGACAUCAACAAGCUGCCCGGCGAGAAAUUGGGCCGGGUGGUGCACAUCAUCCAGUCCCGGGAGCCCUCCCUGCGAGAUUCCAACCCCGAGGAGAUCGAGAUCGACUUCGAGACCCUCAAGCCCUCGACGCUGCGUGAGCUGGAGCGCUACGUGCUGUCCUGCCUGCGGAAGAAACCCCGCAAGCCCUACAGCGAAACCAUGAAGAAGCCGGUGGGGAAGACGAAAGAGGAGCUGGCGCUGGAAAAGAAGCGGGAGCUGGAGAAGCGUUUGCAGGACGUCAGCGGCCAGCUCAACUCCACCAAGAAACCCCCGAAGAAGGCCAGCGAGAAGCCCGAGUCGGCGCAGCAGGUGGCCGUGUCGCGGCUCAGCGCCUCCAGCUCCAGCUCGGACUCCAGCAGCUCCAGCUCCUCAUCCUCGUCCUCGGACACCAGCGAUUCGGAUUCGGGUUAGGGGGGGAGGAGGAGGCCGGAGCAGCCAAAACGGCUGCGAGCGGCGCGGCCGGGUGGAGCCACGGGCAGGUUCGGAAGCGGCUCUGCGGGACCGGGCCCGCGUGAACCGGACUGAGAGCCCCCCCGCCCGGCCAACUUGCGCCCCCAGGGUGGGCUGGGGGGGUGCUGAGGAGCCCUCCCGGUGCCUGAGCGACGCCCCCACGGACUUCUUGGGGUUGGGGGGGUGGCCGGGGGUCACGGGCUGGAGGUUCCCGGGUAUCGCCAGGGCAGGGGGGGCUACAUUCAGGCCCCUGGGGCCGGGCUGGGCUUGGGGAGGGGGGGGUACGGCCACCACCCCAUCCCCAGCAGGUUUUACUGUUUGUUGUUUUAGGGUUUUUUUUGUUUUUUGUUUUUUUUUUUUUUCUGACUUGUGGGAUUUUUUCCGAGGGGGAAAAGUUUGGGGUUUUUAAGAAAAAAAAAAUAUAAGAAAAACGAAAAAAAAAAAAUCUUAAAACAUUUAAAGGUGAAAAAAAAACACACACACACAAAAAAAAAAGGGGUUAACAGUCCCGAUUUGGGUUUGCCGUGGAAGGCAGCAGCGCCCCGUGGCCGCAGCCCUUCCCCGGCCGGGGGGAGCCGCCGCCGACCCCGUCCCCUUGUCUGUGGAGGAUUUUAAUUUAUUUGAGCUGCGUCGUGCUGGCGCGGGCCCCGGCCCGUUGUACAUAGCCCUCCCCGGCACACGAGCAGGGCAGCAUGUUCCCCGGCGGGGCAGGGGGGAGGGAGGGGCCGCCUGUUUUUUACGUUGACUGUAUAAUUUUUUUCUACUCGUUUUAUUUUUUUUUUUUCCCCUCUCUUCCUCUUCCUUUCACCCUCUCCCGCCCCUCCUCCUCCUCCCCCCUCCCCGUCCCCACUAUUAGACCCUUAGAGCCGUGUUUUCAUCUUAUUGUAUGUUUCAAACCUUUCGAUUCUUUAACAUGUAAAUAAAGAAAAUAUUAUUCGAGUUGA